GUUCUAGAAAGUUCAUUUUCUGAGCAACCGGCAACCGGUGUAACCUCCACUCAACCGCCAUUUGCUUAUUGUUCGUAGAACUGUUUGGUUGGUUGGCAGCAGUGUAGCUCUACCCAUUAACGUCAGUCAGUUACAUUUUUGCCGGUGUUCACAGUCCAAGUUUCCAGGUGUUAAAUUCACAAUUUUAGAUCUAAAAAUGUCUCCUGCACUUCAGAAACCAGCACCUUCCUUCAAAGGAACCGCCGUUGUUGAUGGCCAGUUCAAGGAUAUCAGUCUAGAAGAUUACAAAGGACAAUAUGUUGUGCUGUUUUUCUACCCUCUUGAUUUCACCUUUGUUUGCCCUACCGAAAUCAUUGCCUUUUCUGACCGUAUUGAGGAAUUCAAGAAGAUAAAAACCGCCGUUAUCGGAGCUUCUACUGACAGCCACUUCUCCCAUUUGGCAUGGAUUAAUACCCCCCGCAAACAGGGAGGAUUGGGGUCAAUGAACAUCCCCCUAUUGGCCGACAAAAAUUUAGAAAUAGCCCGCUCCUAUGGAGUAUUGGACGAGUCCACUGGCAUUGCCUUCCGUGGAUUGUUCAUCAUUGAUCCAAAAGGAAUUCUUCGUCAAGUGACCAUCAAUGAUUUGCCUGUAGGCCGGUCCGUUGACGAAACUCUGCGUCUUGUACAGGCUUUCCAAUUCACUGACGAACAUGGAGAGGUCUGCCCUGCUGGAUGGACUCCUGGCAAGAAAACCAUCAAGCCUCAAGUGGAUGCCAGCAAGGAGUUUUUCAGCUCAACUAACUAAGAGCAAAAAUACUUGCGUGGUGCAUCAAGUUAAAUUGAGUUAAGAUUACACUUUCCAAAUAAACGUCCGAAAUAUGCUCGAUUCCAGUUAAAUAACGUGAAUAGGCAGGGCGUUCGCCUCAAUAUAGAGGUGGUCUUUAGAUAAGUUACAACUAAGCUCAUUUUUGAUAAAAACACUGAACCCGUUUCCUUUAUUUUGUUUUGUUUGUGUUACAACCUUUUGUUAUGUAAGCCAUAUACCUAUAUUAUUAAACCAUUAAAUUACUUUAUUGUCAUUCAAA